UACACAAUAUACACAAACCAACUACACAUCACUAAAUCUGAAUUAUGGCGCCAAAAGCUAUCCCAAUGGUACUCUUGGCUGCUUACUUUUUUAUUGGCUACUUUUUCCUUUGUUUGGGCACAAUUCAAUCCCAACCCACAAACCGCAAUGCCUUUGGUUUCAUCCAAAACUUGACCGGAGGCCACAAGGGCGAAAUCGUUCCGGGCCUCUCUGAGCUCAAGCAAUAUCUUCAACGAUUUGGAUACUUGGAUUCUGAAGCAGUUGAGAACGUCGCCGAAGCCCAAAACUAUGACGAUGUCAAUAGUAUUGACUAUUUUGAUGACGUUUUGGAGUCCGCCAUCAAAGCGUACCAACGAAACUACAAUCUGAAUGUCACCGGAACCCUAGACCCGCCCACGGUGAGGCAAAUGAUGCUGCCCCGGUGUGGAUUCCCAGACACCGUCAAUGGUACAACGUCUUUCCCCAUAAGUCACGACCACGACCACGACCACGACCACAACCACGACCACGACCACGUCCACAAGCAGCUCAUCCAUGGAGUUAGGCACUAUUCCUUCUUCCGUGGGAGCCCGCGCUGGAAUAAAUACCAGCUGACCUACCGCUUCGUCGCCGGUGUCCAAGUCCCCGGUACCAGCAACAUAAGAUCGAUUGUCUACCGGGCGUUUCAGAGAUGGGCGAGAGUAACCCGCUUUACUUUCACUGAAGUAGCAUCCAAUGUCCAGUCCGAUAUUUCAAUAGGGUUCUUCCGCGGCUACCAUGGGGACAACGCGCCUUUCGACGGGACCGGAGGCACCAUAGCCCAUGCAUACGCUCCGUCCGUCGGGUGGUUCCACUACGACGCCGACGAAUAUUGGAGCGAGAAUCCGAACUACUACCAGAUGGACUUGGAAUCCGUCGCGGUGCAUGAAAUAGGUCAUCUUCUAGGGCUUGAUCACAGCACCGUUGCGGCUGCAAUAAUGUAUCCGAGCAUCAACUCUGGUGCAAUUAAGAGGGAGCUGAACGCAGAUGACAUUAAUGGUAUACGUGCCUUGUAUGCUUUCUGAAGGCGUUAGUGGGACAAGUAUGUUCCAAAGUUAUAUAAACAAGAAAGGGAUAUAUAGUAUUACUUACUAGAUAUAAUAUAUUUAUUAAAUAAAUUAGGACUGCCAUGACUAGUAGCAAGU